GAAUAGGUGGAAUCUGUAUUGCAACUGGUAUAAGAGGCAACGAUCGGCUUGGUGAAACGUUUAGUCAAGGCUGAGCGUUCUCCUGUGCCGCGGCUCACGCAACAUGAUCGGCGUAAACAAGAAGAGGAUUGUAAUUGCUGGGGUGAGCAUCGUUAUAAUUUUAGGUGUGAUCAUCGCUAUAGUAAUUGUUGUCCUCGCUAAAAACUCAGAAAAUGUCAACGACCUUUACUCCGGCGUGUACGCUAAGGGUGCAGUAUCGGCGAAUGGACCAGAAUGCGCGCAAAUCGGCGCGGAUAUACUCAAAAGAGAUGGCUCAGCCGUGGACGCGGCGAUAGCCGCGCUUCUGUGCGAAGGGGUUGCAUCUUUGCACAGCACGGGAUUGGGCGGCGGAUUCUUGAUGACGAUUUGGGACGCACGCACCAAGACUGCCGAUUAUCUGGACGCCCGCGAGACUGCCCCUGCCGCGGCGCGCGAGAACAUGUUUCAAGGCGACCCUAAGUUAUCAAUGUACGGUGGCUUGGCGAUCGCGGUGCCUGGCGAACUCUACGGCUAUUGGGAGGCGCAUAAGAAAUACGGGAAGAUACUAUGGUACGACUUGUUCCAACCAAGUAUCGCUCUCUGCAAGACUGGAUCGCUCGUGAACAAUUACCUGUCCGCUUAUUUGAGCGCCAGAGAAUCGCGGAUAAAGGCGGAGAGCUCGCUGGCGGAGAUACUCAUCAACCCAGCCACCAAUUCCACGUGGAAGGCAGGUGACAGGAUAAAACGACCUAAAUUAGCCGAAACGUUGAAAUUGAUUGCUGAACAAGGACCAACCAUAUUUUACAACGGCAGUAUGGGCGACGAUCUGGUCGCCGAUAUCCAAGCGAUCAAGGGUAUCAUCACUAAGGAAGACUUACAAAAUUACAGGGCAAAAUGGAGGAAACCGAUCGAAUCGAAGCUGAGGGAUUUGACGCUGUACACAGCACCGCCACCAGGUUCGGGGGCGAUCCUGGUCUUCAUUAUGAAUAUCCUCAACGGAUUGGUACCUUACAAAGACGAGGGCAUCAUGUGGCAGCGUUUCGUCGAAACGUUUAAAUGGGCUUACGCCAAGAGAACCGAAUUGGCUGAUCCCGAUUUCGACCCGGAUGGCAAUAUCAAUAAAUUGGUCGCCAACUUGACGUCUAUAGACUAUGCCAACAUAGUCCGAAAGAGAAUCAAAGAUAACGAAACGGACAAUGAUCCUGAACAUUACGGGGCUGUUGUACACGCACCGGACGAUUCGGGGACGUCCCACGUCUCUGUGCUGGCUCCUGAUGGAUCGGCUGUAUCAGUGACGGCGACCAUAAAUCAAGUUUUCGGCGCGAUGAAGCGUUCCAGAUCAACAGGGAUUAUAUUCAACGACGAGAUGGAUGAUUUUAGCUCUCCUAAUAUUAACAACGGAUUCGAUCUACCUCCAUCGCCAGCCAAUUUUAUUCGUCCUGGAAAAAGACCUCUGAGUUCCAUGAGUCCAACGAUUGUUCUAGACGAAAAGAGAAAUGUCCGUAUGAUAAUCGGAGCCGCGGGUGGGAGCAAAAUAACGACAGGAGUCGCAAUCGGUAUGGCGUUCAACCUUUGGUCGGGAUACAGUAUAAAACAAGCAAUCGAAAUGCGUAGAAUUCAUCAUCAGCUAAUGCCUAUGUACGUGCAAAACGAGAAGGAAUUUUCUCCGAGUAUACUGAAGUAUUUAUCGAGGAUUGGUCACAACGUUACAGAAUUCUCGGGAAUUGGAAGUGCCAUAACAGCUGUGACCAACGAGACUGGAAAGAUAUUCGCCACCUCGGAUUUCCGCAGGGAAGGAAGAACCGCUGGUUUAUGAGUUGCUAGGUUCAACUUCGUGAGGCAAAACGGAUAUUUAAAACGAAUCAGAGCAGGUGAUGCGAAUGUUGCCGCGCCUAAAUCCGGAGUACGCGAAAUAUAACUCAAUAAAGUACCGGUACAAAUUACAUAGUUACCAUUACGUAUUUGACAAAGCAAUUUCACGCCAAAGUAUUAUUAAUAUAGACAGAUAGCUAUAUAGGUAUUAUUUUAACAAUAAAACUGAGACUAAUGUACAAAACGACAACGAAGCUAGCUUUGGGUCGAUUUUAGAACGUUUCCUGAAAGACGAUGACAUCGUGCUUCGAUUUCCAUACGAGCUUGCAAAGAAAAAUUUACCGUUCUAUUUACAACAACAGUAUUUUUAAAAGAUAUACGUAAUAUUUAUAUACUACUUUAAGCGUACCAUUAAGUUCGCCCGCUAUUCCUACCGUAGGAUUACUAGUGCAAGUAUCACUUGUACUUAAUGUUUUAUUAAAUAUUUUCCAAUAAAGCAAGACAACUGUA